UACGUGACGGCAUCGGUUACCUGACGUUCAGGUACAGCCACGCCCACCGUGACAGAAAUCUUGAGGCAAAAAUAACUGCAUUGUGAGCCAAACACGGAGGAGUACACACACGGAUAUUUUACGGAGAAAUGAUGUUGCUGUAUAUCCUUCUGUCCGCCUGUGUUGGAACUGUGCACAUGUAUCCUAAUGGACUAGUCACCGAUGCUUGUUCAGAUAUGGUACCAAGUCACCGGUCUUCAUCUGCUCAGACCAGCUCUUCUCCGUACACGAUUACCGCCACGCCGACCAGCUUCAAGGGUGGCGAUGAAAUCACAGUAACACUAAGCGGAUCAGUAAAUUUUAAAGGCUUCAUGUUACAAGCAUAUAAAGCGGGAACGAACACACCGAUCGGCACCUUCACCGUGACAAACAAUCAAGCGCAAGGACUCACCUGCUUCGGAGUGGCUAAUAGUGCAGUUUCUCAAACAUCAAAAAGUGGAAAACCGUCAAUUCAAGUUAAAUGGAAGGCCCCUACAUCUGGACAGCUCAGCAAUGUAGAGUUCCGUGCAACGUUUGUUCAAGCUUUCUCAACUUUUUGGGUGGGUGUGAAGAGCUCUGCGAUAACAUACACGGGCACAUCGACAUCUGUACCUACAUCAAAUUCUGGGUGUGGGGUCAGCAAAGUCUGUUUCAGUCAGCCUGACAACUGCGACCCAACUACCAACACUGCCUGUUACUUCAUGUCGGUUCAGUCGUCAUCCAGUCAGUCAGAAAUGCAGGUGCAAAUAGUCGGCCCAGGUAGCGGAUACGUCGCGAUUGGGUUCUCCGAUGACCAGUCAAUGGGCAAUGAUGACAUCUAUAUAUGUGGUAAAGACAAAAAUGGCAUUGCCCAAGUGCAACGUGCAUUUUCCACUGGAAGAAGGGCUCCGAAUAUUCUUUCACUGGGGAAUGUCUCUGAUAUCAAGACAGCAAUUACAAAUGGAGUGUUGAAUUGCUCUUUUACGUCUCGUAACGCCAUCAGCACGGCAAGUAGAGCAGCGUCUGGCAGCCAGUACUACCUUAUGAUCGCUUCUGGACCCAGCAGUCAAGGUAGCAUCCAGGAACACACAACAACAUUCGUCAGCCAAACCAAAGCUGAUUUAGUAAAUCCGACAGUGAUUGGCAGUGAAGCAUUUCCAGCUAUUGUUAAAGCCCACGGUGCCCUGAUGCUGAUCGCCUGGAUGACCACAGGCAGUGUGGGUAUGCUCAUAGCGCGCUAUUUAAAGGCAGUCGGCAAAGGGAGAGGAUGUUGUGGUAAAGAUUUCUGGUUUUUGGCUCACGUGAUGUUGAUGUCCCUGUCGAUUAUUGCCACAAGUAUUGCAUUUAUAAUCAUAUUUUCUUUUGCCCAGGAUUGGGCUGGGGGAGCUCAUCCGGUCCUGGGCUGUUUGGUGAUGAUUCUCUCUUUAAUUCAGCCUUUGGUGGCAGCUUUACGCUGUGAUCCCCAACACGAACAGAGAUUCAUCUUCAACUGGGCUCAUUCAUUCAACGCUCUGGCUAUCAAAGGUCUCGCAGUGGCAGCGAUCUUCACUGGUCUGGCACUUAUUGGAGACACACAGGGGUGGAUGCUGGGGGUUAUGGGAGGUUUCGUGGCAUGGGAGGCUCUGUUGUACAUCUUUCAAGAUUUGCACAUGCGCGCCAGGAAAAAAGAUUCUACCAUUUGCUCUUUUGGAAUGAUGAACACUGAAGUGAUCCUGCUUGUCCUGUAUAUAUUGGGAAACCUGGCCUUCUUGAUAGCACUUCUUGUUGGAAUCGGCAGAGCUUAAGAAAUCCCAACAUGUCACAGAUAACCUCACUGGAUUAAAGCUGUUUUUGUCUUUUUUAUUGUACUAUUAUGAACGUUAUUAUGAACACAAUUUAUUUGUUAAUUAAACGCAUCCAUUUCUAUAGGCCAGUAUAAUAUUAACCCUUUACAUGAUGCUUAUUAUGUUUUUGUCUGGGUUGACACCAUCUCUGCAAUGACUAUGAUCUGACAUGCUUUUAGACAUGACGUACAAUAGUAAACAUUAAUAGACUGUCAGUCUUCACAAGAACAGUCAGGAAAUAAGUUCCCCAUUUUUUUAAGUUAGCUAAUUAUUUUGGUUUAGAGAGUGAGGAUUGUAAUAAAUUAUUAAUAGUAAAUGCAUCCAAUAUUUUUAUACAUUUUUAUACAAAAUCCACUUAAAUAAAAACGUGUAUGUAUGUCUA